GGGAUAAAAACCCUAACAUCAUAAACACCGUAGCUUGCUCUCUGGGUUCUAAAAAACCCUCAUUUUUAUCGUUUCCUUGCAAUAGCGGCAUCCAUUCUCAUACAGAUAAAGAUGAAUGUUGAGAGGCUCAUGAAGAUGGCUGGUGCAGUCCGCACUGGCGGAAAGGGUAGCAUGAGAAGAAAGAAGAAGGCUGUCCACAAGACAACUACCACUGAUGACAAAAGGCUACAGAGCACCCUCAAGAGACUAGGAGUGAAUGCUAUUCCUGCAAUCGAGGAAGUCAACAUUUUCAAGGAUGAUGUUGUUAUCCAGUUUAAUAAUCCAAAAGUUCAAGCUUCUAUUGCUGCCAACACCUGGGUUGUUAGCGGUUCCCCUCAGACAAAGAAAUUGCAGGAUAUUCUUCCCGGAAUCAUCAACCAAUUGGGGCCAGAUAACUUGGACAACUUGAGGAAAUUGGCAGAGCAAUUCCAGAGGCAGACACCGACUAUGGGCGUCGAUGCAACUGCCACUCAGGAAGAGGAUGAUGAUGAUGUACCAGAACUUGUGGCUGGUGAGACUUUUGAAGCUGCAGCAGAAGGCCAAGCUGAUAAAUAGUGUUUUCAGAGAGAUUUUUGUUUUGUGUUAUUUUAUAUGUUUUUGAUGAAUUACUUAUUUUUUUUUUUUGCUUUUUCCUAUUACUGUUUUGUUCUUGUUGAUGCUUGUAAUCUUUAACCUUUCAGUUCAGAGCUGAGUCUUUUAUUUCUAGAAUUCCUUGUAUUGCUGACUUGGUACCAAUAGAGUGGCGAUUCGUUGGCCAGCAGAUGCUUCCUCCCCAAAGACCGAUAGAUGGUCAUGAAACACCCAAUCUAUGCAGUAAAUCUUUCCUUCUGGUAUAAAAACUAGACAUGUGAGCUUCUGGCGGUAGGGGG